CAUAGAAAACCAACUGUUCAAAAAUUACGACGCGAGUUGAACGUUCAUAAAUCUGUAAUCGUUUUUAAUUUAAUAUUUUUAGAUAAUUUACAAUGCUGUGUUGGAAAUAAGUGCCUAAAUAUUUUACAGGUAGUUUUCUAGUGUAAGUGUUUAUAGAAUAAAUGCUUUCGAGAUGUCGAAGAAUAAGAUAGCGGCUCGAAUUGAUAGUCAAAGUGUUGAAGUCAAAAGUAAGUUCGACGCAGAAUUCCGUCGGUUCUCGCUAAGUCGAACGGAGAAGCUGAAGUAUGAAGACUUCAUGGGUCUCAUCGAGAAGCUUCACAGGUUGCACGACGUAGCCUUCCUGAUAUCGUACACAGACCCUCGCGAUGGAGACCUGCUGCCCAUCAACAAUGAUGAUAACCUGGCGAGGGCGCUGCUUACCGCACGGCCGCUGCUCAGGGUCAUUAUACAGAGGAAAGGCGACAGCCUCGAGGAACUCAAUGGCUAUGGCACGAUGCGGCGGCGCAACAUCAUCUCUUCCAUCCUGAGCGGGACGCCCGCCAAGAAUAAGGGGCUGGCCAUAUCCAAUCCGCACGACUUCAGGAUGGUAUCAGCAAUCAUAGACGUGGACAUAGUUCCGGAGACGUGUAGAAGGGUGAAGCUUUUGAAGCACGGCUCAGACAGACCUUUAGGAUUUUUUAUUAGAGACGGCACGUCAGUCCGCGUGACCCCGGGUGGGGUGGAGCGUUCCCCGGGCAUCUUCAUCUCGCGGCUGGUGCCGGGCGGGCUGGCCGAGUCCACCGGCCUGCUGGGCGUCAACGACGAGGUGCUCGAGGUCAACGGCAUCGACGUCUCCAACAAGACGCUGGACCAGGUGACGGACAUGAUGGUGGCGAACUCGUCGAACCUGAUCAUCACGGUGCGGCCCGCCAACCAGCGCGCGCCCGCGCCCGACGCCGGCCGCCACUCGCAGCCCUGCAGCGAGCCCGAUGAAGACAGAUUCGACCAAGACGAGCAGGACGAGAUUGUCGACCUCACAGCCGUAACGCUGGAAGACCGUCCCGAACCAGCUCUUCCGGCCAAAGACGACGGCCACGUGCUACAUCUCUAGCACAAGAUUCUUGUGCUGAAGUGAUACCGGUUCUAGUGAUGUGCCAGUGAUUCCGAAGUGAUAGUGAAAUGAAGUGAUAGUGAGUGAAGUGAGAUUGUAACAGGCAUUUUUUCAGCUUUAUCAAGUCUAUUCAUCUAUAAGGCUUAGUAAAGAAAGAAGAAAGAAAGAAAGUAUUUAUUUGAUGCGAGUAUUAAAAGCAUUACAAAUAAUUAACAGAGUACACGCACCAAAAUGGCAUCUGAUCAGUAUUUGACCGCAAUCGCACCUGGUGUUAAUUUCUCUCCAUACGCGCAUAGUACCAUGCUUUAAAGGCAUUUACUAUUGUGGUUUUGCAAGCAAUACCAACUAUAGCUUAAAAACUCCAAUCAAAAAGAAAUUCUAUACCCAGUAUAAGAGAUCUAAAAUUUGUCUUCUAUUUGCGAUAUGAGGAAAAAGGCAACCUAUACAUACAUACUUGGCAUUAAACAACUUAAACUUUCGCUCACUACGUCACGUCAAAACUCUUUGGAAUCAAACGGUUUCAUCACAGAAUCACGUCACAAGUGAAAUUUGGCUUAGUGAUACUGUCUAACCCAGCGGCAGACAUUCCACAGUGAUCAACGGUGCAAAACAAACCUUGUUACGAGGACAAUAAGUAUUAGAUCAGCUCGAAACAUUCCAUGCAUGCCUUAUUACUUGAGUGUCAAAGUAGGUAAAAUAUAUGUAAAUAUACAAGCAAUAAAUUCGUUGUUAGCGUUAAUUUUAUGCAUACAAUUGACAAGACACUGUUUAUGUCUGUGCUAUAGAUAUGACUAGCGUUUUCGAUCAUUACGUUAGCCAAUUAUGAAAUGUAUGUGGCUUUAAAUCUUAUUUAUCUCGCUCGGUUAAUGUUCGGUGGUCUCCGUCCUAAAAACAUUAGAGAAAUAAGUUCCUAAAGCCCAGUCUCUGAGCACAUAGAAUUUUGUCCAAUGACCCCAAGCUACCUAUCCUUAGCACUCACGCGUA